AUGUCCUCCGCCACACCAGCCCGCGCGCCCUCGCCCGCCACGCUCGCGCGCGAGCUGCACAGUCCCGCGCUGCUCGCCUUCGCCAGCACGCUCGUGCCCGCGUCCACCUCCUCCCCCUCGUCCUGCUCGGAGACCGACGUCGCCGCCGCCGCCGCGCUCGACGCACACACCGGCACGGCCGCACGCCUGCGCCGCCUGGCGUACGGCGAGGCGCAGAGCCCGGGCGGCGCGCUCGAGGGCCUGCAGGAGAAGGUGGCGGCGGCGCAGGCGCGCGAGGAGCGCCGACUGCAGACGCUCGAGAAGGCCAGUGCGCUGCUGCAGGCGCAGAUGGACGCAGCAUCGCAGCAGGCAUCCUGA